AUUACCCGUGCUGUUCAGUGAUAAAGACGAACAAUUUGUAGAUAGAGAUAAGCGUGCUACUGCUGGGGGGAGGGGGGGAGGGCACACAUGGCAAUCGAUAGGGGAGAGAAUUCGUAGAGCUUGCUCGCAGCGCCCAUGAAACAAGUGGCAAAGCACGUUUCGCAAGCACCUGAAGGCGUUGGAUUGUUGAGUUAUCGUGACGAAAUAUGUUUAUCAUACCAGUGAGUGACGUGUUUCGAGUGAAAAGCUGGGGUCUUCCUUAAAAAGAUUAUGAGGUGGCCCCGAGCCACAUCAAUGACGGUGGCAGAGAGGUGCUGCGCCGACGGAUGAGCAAAGAAACCCACCUGUCGUUAAAUGUAACGACAAGAAUAAAAAAAACUAAGAAAUUAAACAGAUAUUAUCCCAACGUCAUCGUGAGGCACUUUCUCCAGCUCCCUCCUCCUCCAAGAAGCCACGUUAGCCCAAAGAGUGUCAAAGGAAGCUGAUGCUGAACGACAAAAGAUACGAGGAAGAAGCGGGAGUGGAAGGGGAUCGCAAUGGCAAUGGAUUUGUAUCGGGAAUGUGUUCAGGUGCCUACAGCGUACAAACAAAUGAUCCCUAUGAAAUUGAUACCAAUGAAAGUAUCCAACAAUAUAAUAAAAUUUCAUCAGGUGCUCAAGGGGGUAAUGUUGGCUGGAGUAAGGAAGUACGUUAUGCACAAUUUACGGGUAUCAAUGCAGCAUUACCACCGCCAUUACCACCGCCACCGGCACCGCCACUUCCUCUUCCUCUUCAGAUGCAGCAACGGACUUACUCCCGAUCCAUGACCUCACUACCCCCCGAGCCUUUCAUGAUCAUGCGAUCAAAGGCACUCAAUAGGCGUGUAUCAAUAAAUGUUGGUGGCGUUAAACACGAAGUAUUAUGGCGUACACUCGAGAGAUUACCCCAUACGCGAUUAGGACGUUUACGCGAUUGCAAUACACACGAAGCUAUAACUGAAUUGUGCGAUGAUUAUUCACUUAUUGAUAAUGAAUAUUUUUUUGAUCGUCAUCCAAAAUCAUUCAGCUCGAUACUUAAUUUUUAUCGUACUGGUAAAUUACAUUUGGUAGAUGAAAUGUGUGUAUUGGCAUUUAGCGAUGAUUUGGAAUACUGGGGUGUAGAUGAAUUGUACUUAGAGAGUUGUUGCCAGCACAAGUAUCACCAGAGAAAGGAGCAUGUACAUGAGGAGAUGCGGAAGGAGGCUGAGUCAUUGCGGCAAAGAGAGGAGGAGGAAUUCGGAGACGGAAAGUGUGCGCAAUAUCAAAAGUGGCUGUGGGAUUUGCUCGAAAAACCAACCACAUCUAUCGCUGCAAGGGUGAUCGCUGUGAUAUCGAUUCUCUUUAUUGUGCUAUCGACGAUUGCACUAACACUCAACACCAUUCCUAGUAUGCAAGUGAACGAUGAGCGAGGAAAUUUCCAAGAUAAUCCACAACUAGCCAUGGUGGAGGCGAUAUGCAUAACGUGGUUUACCCUCGAGUAUGUACUUAGAUUCAGUGCAUCACCGGACAAAUGGAAGUUCUUCAAGGGGAGUUUAAAUGUCAUUGAUUUAUUAGCAAUAUUGCCGUACUAUGUAUCACUGUUUCUCGUUGAAACAAAUAAAAAUGCAACCGAUCAAUUUCAAGAUGUACGACGGGUUGUACAGAUAUUUCGUAUAAUGCGAAUACUGAGAAUAUUGAAAUUAGCUCGUCACUCAACUGGGCUCCAGAGCCUUGGAUUUACACUGAGAAAUUCAUACAAAGAGCUCGGGCUAUUGAUGCUCUUUCUGGCAAUGGGAGUACUUAUAUUCUCUAGCCUUGCAUACUUUGCGGAAAAAGAGGAGCCCGGGACCAAAUUUAUAAGCAUUCCGGAGACGUUUUGGUGGGCUGGAAUCACCAUGACGACAGUAGGUUACGGAGACAUUUAUCCUACGACACCUCUUGGAAAAGUGAUUGGAAGUGUUUGUUGUAUUUGUGGUGUCCUGGUAAUUGCGUUGCCUAUUCCCAUUAUCGUCAAUAAUUUUGCCGAGUUCUACAAGAAUCAGAUGAGACGGGAGAAAGCACUCAAGAGGCGGGAGGCACUUGAGAGGGCUAAGAGGGAGGGAAGCAUUGUUUCAUUUCAUCAUAUCAAUCUGAGGGAUGCAUUUGCCAAGAGUAUGGAUCUCAUCGAUGUCAUCGUGGACACUGGUCACAACAUGUCUGGUGCCGAUGGCAACAGUACAGAGGGCGAAUCAGCAUGUGAAAGGGGUCCAGCACAAACAGGUGCUGGAUGUUAUCGUAACUACGAGCAUUACAGUAUGUCACGUACACGUAGAAGUGCCUCAUCGUGUUUUCCAGCGAUACCGAAUGAUCUGCCAACAACGCCGGACAGUCCCAGUCGCCGAUUACUUGAUUUCGCCCAGAAUAUACCUGGGAGUCAGAAUGAUGAUGAUUAUUAUCAGGAUGAUUUGCCAGCCCAACACUCCAAUCACGGGAACACAACGCCCAGUGAUGAAGAUAAGAGAGACGGAAGAAAAAUCGACAAAAUCGAUGAAUUUCCUAGUGAAUUCGAGUGUUGCUUUUGUACCACCAAGAAAUGUCCUCACUCCGUGUCCAGCGGUGUGCAUUCACCCUCUUCGACAAAUUUCCAAAAAUUAGUUGAUGCCUCGACUGAUGGACACUCGGAGGAGUACAAAGAUCACCGGGAUGCCGAAGACAUAAUGCCCCUCGCCACCAGUGACUUCAAUAAAACAAUUCGCCAGGAACUUCGUUCGCUGCGUGACAGUAGUAUCGAAACAAGUGGCUACACCGAUCACAUGUCAUCACCUCUGCGUUUUGCAGCAUUACCCCAAGAGACAACGAGUAACACAUCCCCAUCAACGAAUUAUCAACCAACAAAGACAGCCUACAACGAUCGCGGUAGUGUCGAUAGUUCCGGUACUUACGCAAGCUGUCAGACUCAUCCAUUUCACUCGCAGGAGAUGCUUGGCGAUGGUGAUGGAAUUGACGAGGGUGACAGUAACCUCUACAUAAAUCCAUUAGAAAGUGCUGACAACAAGUGUCGAGACAUAGGAGUUAAUAAAUCUGUCGAUUCGUCGUUAUUCACGGGUGAAUUCUCCAAGAGUGAAGGAGGAAAGACAACUGACACCUUGCCAAAGCACAAGAAGACCAGGGUAGCUAAGAGUGCAGGACGCCGUCAGCAGUCGCCAACAGAUCCCGAAGCAACUCCAACAAAUACACCGCGCGACAUAACAUCCACCCUCGAAGACAACAAUAAUCUCUACGCAGAUUUGCGAAGUGGCCGGCCUACAUCGACAACAACAAACACAUCGUUGACGAGUUUAGCAUCAGCAACGCGUCUCAUAAACCAGCAGCUCUUUGGCAAUCUUAGUGGUACUAAGCAAUAUACCGGAGCAACUGGGAAUAAAUCCCAGUCCGUAGACUCCAUCGACAGUGAGUCAUACAUCGGGGAUCGAAACAGUCGAUCGAAGAAAAAAGACACCCGACGUGCUUGCAGUACUGAUGAUGUUGACGAUGACACCGAGCAGCUUAUCGACAACGCAAGCCCCAACAUGAAUACCAUCCGCAUCCGGCAGGCACCUUUUUUCUCGAGUCAGAUGAUCGGAGCGCUGCUCAGAAGCAACAACAAUGUUGAAUCUCUCGAUUCACCGGAGAGGGACAGCACGAAGAGGCUGUCGAAAUCGAUAAGUGAUUAUCGAAAUAAUGAGAUGCUGGAGGAGACCGGAAGGAGAAGCAGACGAACUCAGAGCCAGUCGGAGAGGGAUACGGAGCCUAUGCUUGCGAGACCUCCAAAGCCCUCGAGAAAACUUGCGAAGAAAAUUCUGGCUCAGGAGAGGAAAAAGUCCUCGGGGACUAGCGAUGACGGCUCCGUCGACUCCGCAGCUACUUGCGUUCCCCAGGAAACGCACAUGCGGGCUUCGCUCGCGUCGAAGAAGAAAUAUUGAAAUGGCCUCUUGGGACUAGAUGGAAAUACUGGAGACAAAUAUUAAUUAUGUCCCUAGGGCAUGAAAACUGGUUUUCUGGCCUGGGGACACAAAAUAUCGUAUGCAACACGGACGUAAAGGUAUUUUUUGGCCGACGUUUCUUACGGUCUUCAACUGGAGUUGUAACGUUACAUUUGUCGAAAAAUAUUUUUAAUCCUUUGGGGCACUAUAUACUCUUCAUCACGCUGGGGGAAAAGUCACUUUUCAGGCACACGAUAUGAAAAAACUAAUUUUCUCGUCUGAGAAAGACUUCUUUAAAAUGACAUCGAGUUUUGUAAUUUUAUUCGCGGUGCUCCGGAUAUCAAUAAUCGAAGGGAAUUCUUCGUAGAUAUUCGAUUAUAAAUUAAAGAUAUUUUCGAGAUUAUGUUUCCCAUACGUGCCUUGAUGUUUUACGUAUGCAAGCGACGUUUAUUGCAGAAACAAUACAAAUUUCUGUGAUGCAGAUAAUGCUCCUUAGUUUGCUUUUGCAUUUUCAUAUAAUUUGCAGUGUCAUCUGAUUUAUUGUGUACUGUACCCAGCAGUUGUUGUAAAAAUUGAAUUCAACGAUUCAGCACAGUGUUAAUAGCACAAAAUAUGUGAAUAGUAAAAAGUAAAGCCGAAACUAUAGAUUUUAAAAAGUACAA